UGGUACUUCAAACCUCGAAACCCGUUAUGGACAUUCCGCGGCUUUAACUUCGGACGGAAGAAUAAUAGUUUAUGGUGGUCAAAAUUUUAACGGAUUCACACCCUCACCUGUCCUUAUUGUAUUGGACACAAAUACGUAUAAAUGGACUUCUCCAACAACUUCAGGUUCUCCAGAGCCAGAACCCGUAACUUAUCAUAGUGCAGAUAUAUAUGAUAAAUACAUGAUAAUUGCAUUUGGAAAUCUUACUAGCACAGUUUUUGAUCCAACUGGCCCAACUUCUCAAAUAUAUAUUCUUGACGUAGAUAAUUAUGAAUGGAUUUCUUCAUAUACAUAUAAAUCACCAACAACGACGACUCCUGAUAAACCUAAUAGUACAUCAGGUUCAAUUAAUUCUACUACUAAUACUGGAGGUGGUGAUGGAUUUGGUUCUAAAACAAUUGGAAUAAUUGUUGCUAUUUGUGUAGGUAGUAUAGGAGUAUGUAUUUUAAUAAUUGCGGCUCUUUGUAUAGGUUUUAAAAAAUUUGCAAAGAAAAAGGACAAAAAUCUUACGCCGCCUCAACCUUAUCAACCUCCCCAACCUCCCCAACAUCAAUAUCAAAA